CGUCCACGCAGCCGCUGAACGCAUCCGGUCGCUCGUAUUCCCAACGGGAACAUUGCCAAGAUUGGCGAUUUGGUACCACCCGGGGGUCAGCGCAUACGCCAACAUACGCGGGCGGUGAGUCGCCGGCAGAACACAGGGAUCGCGAUCGGAGUCGUGAAGACAGAGGGUCGACAGGCGGAUAUGGC